CGCAACCUUUGGCUCUAAGCUCUCCCUUAAAAAUUCAGAGUGACUCCUCAGUACCAGUGAACCAUACACCAUCCACAACUUGAAGCAUAUACAUACAUACAGAAAAACUGUAUCUACCGCUAAUCGUCAUAGUUUCUGCUCCAAUAAUAUGUUAGCCAGCACCAUGUUCAUCUCCUGCAACUUCACGUACCUGCCACUUCAAUGUCCCAAAUUUAGAUUUUCAGCUCAAAACCCUAAAAACCCAUCUCUCAAAACCAUAAUUUCUUCACCUUUUCUUAAACCCCGCAAUGAGAAUACCAUAAUCUUACCAUUUCAGAAAAAGGGUUACCUCCAAAUUUGCAGUUCUGUUCAGACUCAAAAUCCACCAGACCCAGUUUCAUUGGAAGAUAAACUUGGUGGCAACGGAAGACGCAGUGGUGGUGGUGAUGGAGGCGGUGGUGGCGGUGAGGAAAGGGACUGGACGACGUCCUUCUUGCUUUUUGGGUUCUGGGUUGGUCUUAUGUACUAUGUUUUUAUUCUGGCACCCAAUCAGACCCCGGUAACGGAUGUGUAUUUCUUGAAAAAGCUCCUUAAUUUGAAAGGAGAAGAUGGCUUCCAAAUGAAUGAAGUGCUGGUGGCUCUCUGGUACAUCAUGGGCUUGUGGCCGUUAAUUUACAGUAUGUUGCUGCUUCCAACUGCUAGAAGCUCAAAAAGCAAGAUCCCCGUUUGGCCAUUCCUCAUACUUUCAUGCUUCGGCGGUGCAUAUGCUCUUCUCCCCUAUUUUGUUCUUUGGAGACCACCACCUCCACCAGUUGAAGAGCUUGAGCUCAGAAGAUGGCCUCUAAACAUUUUGGAAUCAAAAUUAACUGCUGUGAUAUCCAUUGCUGCAGGACUGGGUCUAAUCAUAUAUGCAGGCUUAGCUGAUGGGGAUGUCUGGGAGGAAUUUUACCAACUCUUCCGAGAGAGCAAAUUUAUACAUCUUACCUGCAUCGAUUUUACUCUACUUUCAGCAUUUGCUCCUUUCUGGGUUUACAAUGACAUGACAGCUCGAAAAUGGUAUGAUAAAGGGUCUUGGCUUCUUCCGAUAUCACUAUUUCCAUUCUUGGGUCCUGCUUUGUAUCUUCUCCUCAGACCAUCUCUAUCAGUAACACCCAUUGCACUAAGCCCAACCGCCUCAGAAGAAAAAUGAAAAAUGACGGAUUUUUCUUCAUGGUCUCGGACGUGGUUUAUCAAAUCCAAGUAGAUCUGCACAGGAAUAGCAAUUCAAUUGCAAAAGCUAGGAGUCUCAUUCCUUCCUUCUGUAAAUUUGGAUUCCAAAGAGGAAAAUAAAUGGAGUUAAAAAAAUAUACAUAAACUUGUCUCCUAGUAGAACUGAUGGUUGUUAUUUUAAACAAAAUUUGCCAAUGUUUCCUCUUUUUCUUAUUUCCAGAUCUUAUUACCACUAAUUUCCUUUUAGGCCAACUUGCGGCUGCAUGCCAACUGAUGUGGAAAAAGGCAACAAUUACAUCAAUAUUACAUGAAUUGUGGGUCAAAUUGAUACGUGUGGUACCAGUGUGAGUGUGCAGUACUAUACAUUUUCUAAUACUCGACACAAUUGGAGUUAAUCUUAGUUGGUACAUUGUUGAAUUGUG